AUGUUUUUUGGAACUCACUGUGCUCCAGUUCCACCUAUUCUUCCUAAUUACUUGGAGAAUAUCAUAUACAUGCUUGUCACCUUCUUAUUGACAAAAUUCUACCUCUGGAUAUCAGCAUGUUUUCAACGCCGUUAUGGACAGUCACUGGAUUCUCGCUUUGAGAAUGGGCCUCUUCCACAAAGACCCCGAAGCAUUGUUUCAGUACUCAAUCCCAAUGCUUCGCCUUUUACUUCUCAACAGAAUCUGGCUUAA